ACAUCCAAAAAAUACCACAGGGCCAACAACUUAGCCCUCCCAUUCCUCUUCCCUUAUCACUCACCCAAGGACCUCCAGUUCUACACCACAGAUUUACGCAUCCCAACCACACCGCGCACCACGCACCCCAACCAAAAAAAUGGCCCCCGCAUCAGAAGCCCCUCCAGGCUCAGUGAAUAUCAACUCACUUUCGGUGCCGCAGCUACGGGCGUUGCAGACUCGUCUUUCGUCGGAAUUGGAGCAUUUGACGUCGUCGCAUGCGAAGCUGCGGGCGGCGCAGUCGAAGUUCCGGGAUUGUGUACGGUCAAUUAAUGAGGGCGUUGUUGGAUCUCAGAAGAGGGGGACGGAUGGGAAGGAUGAUAUUUUGGUUCCCUUGACUAGUUCAUUGUAUGUGAAGGGGUCGUUGGCGGAUCGGGAAAAGGUGCUUGUGGAUGUUGGGACGGGGUUUUAUGUUGAGAAGACUACACAAAAGGCGGUGGAGUUCUACGAGGACAAGGUUAAGAGUUUGGAAACGAAUCUGAAGGAGUUGGAGAAUAUUGUACAGACGAAAAGCUCCCAGCAAAGGUUGUUUGAAGAGGCUCUGAGGCAAAAACUGCUCACCGAAGGUGCUCCUCCGUCUGCUGCUGCCACUGCCGGCGGUGGUUGAUAUCCGUCAGACGUUUGCACAGAGAUCACUUCGGGGUUAAAGGGGGGCAAUUAGUCAACAAAAAUAAUAAAAGGAAUUGCAUUUGUUACAGUAAGUGUUGGCAAAGGCAAAUAAUCAGUCAUCUCGCAUGUAUGCUUGGAUCACCUGCUUCGCGGUUGGGCAGCAUCCAACACUUCAAGGCUUUUGCAUAGAUGUAAGACAAAUUCAAGCGUAUGUUUGAUCAACAAACAUUGAGUUGCAUAACGAGGGGAUCUCAAGCAGGAGAUUGCAACGAGAAAGACAAGACGGUCCUGUACCGUUGGCUGCUAAGCAAUGAUAUCGUUGGCUACGUUCUUGAGUUAUUCAGCAGUGCUCCCGUAGAGAUCAAUCCCAUCUGUUUAGAACAAAGUACCGAGGUCAGCAUCCAAUAGCCCAGUAAGACCCUUAACCUCAACCUUGGGCGAUGAUCCA